AUGGAGCUGGGCCGCGAUCCCGCUUAUUAUACCGGCCCGGGAGCAUCCGGCGGAGGAUCUGGGUAUCCUGGCAGCGGUGGCUCUGCGUAUCCUGGCGGAGGUGGUGGUUCCGCGUAUCCUUCCCACGGCCUUUGGAGCGACGAGGAAGAUGAAGAAGACUACAUGGGGGAGGAAGGCGACGAAGGGGACGACCUUCCAGACUCCAAGAAACGCAAGCGCGACCGCGGAAGCAACUGGAGCCUGGCGGAAGCGCUCUGGUUUGCGGAAGGUCUCAAAUCGCACCAGCAGAUGCAGGACAGUCUGGGAGAGAACGCGCUCAAGUGGGGAAAAGUCGAGCAAGGCAAAUACCUCGUGAAAUGGAUGGCUUCGGGCCGCGCUCCCGGCGGUGCGGUGUACCAUCGUUCGGCGCAGUCCUGCAUCAGCCGCCAUUACAACACGAAACUUCUUUUCCGGAAGAUCUUUCGUUGGCAGCGGCAGGUUCAGCAGGAGCAGCGCCGGAGGCUGCAGAUGGAAGGACGCGCCCCUCCUCCUGGGGAUAACUCGCUGGACGCCGCAAAUCCCGGCUCCGGAGGGAAUGUUGGGGCUUCUAACAUGCCUGGCGGGAUGCCCUACGUCCCUUCGACUGCGGAGGAUCCAUAUCUCGUGGCGCUGCGCGACCAGGCGAGUCUUUUGCUGGGGCCGACCGCGGGUCAAGCGGCAGGAGCUGGUGCAGGCGGGGAAGGACUGGGCGCUGGAGCGGGGGAUGAGGGGGACCCGUUAAUUUCGAGGUUGGCGGCGGCGACGGGACCUGGCGCAAUGGGCGGCGGAAGGCAUGGCAGUCAGGGAGACAUGCGCGGGGCUCCUGCGGCAACUGCCGGAAGGAGAGGACGUGGCCGCGGAAGAGGCGGCGGAAGGGGGCGGGGGGGAGGCGCAGCGUCCGCCGGCGGAUUCGGGUUCGCGGGCGGGCAAGAAGACGACCUGAUGACGUGGCGAGUCAACGACGGUGUGUUAUCUCGGCUUCCGGGGUCGUCGCGCGAGCCGCGCUCGAGCGGAGCGCUGGGGAGCGACGCAAUGGUCCGCGCGGCGCACGUGAUUGCGGGGGCGAUGGGCAGAAGCGAGGACGCGCUCGCGAAGCGCCACAAGCUGGAGACGCGCGAGCGGGAGACGCGGGAAAAGGCCAGGAAGGCCGAGGCAAACCAGCUCAAAACCUACCGGAAUAGCGACCUGGGGCUCAAAAAGGAAAAGCUGAUGCUGCUGAAGCGACAGGUGGAGGCUCAGGAGAGGCUGGUGGUCCUGGAAAAGCGGCGGGAGAAGCGGGAGAAGCAGCAGGUGGCGGCGGUUACGGGGAUGGCGCAGGCGGUUGGGGCUGCUGCUGCUGCGGUGCAUGCGGUGGUGGCGGCUUCCGGGAAGAUUUCAGGCCUGGCUGGGCUGGAUAUCGAAGAGUUAGUUAAAUCAAGCGUGGAGACGCUUAAAGCGAGUAUGGUUGUGGAGGAAGAGGAAGAGGAGGAGGUGGUUGUGGGAAUUGGUGGUGGUGGGUUUGCUGGUGUUCGUGGUGUUGGUGCGGAGGAGCAGGAGGAUGGGGAGAAGGGAAUGGAAGGAGUGGGAGGUGCGGAGGGGGGUGAAGCGGAGAGGGAGCGCGAGGAGGAUGGGGAUGUGCGCGAAGCGGCUGCUGUGGUGGAAGCAGGGCAAGGGCAAGAGGUGACGGGCGCGGGAGGGGACGUAGAGGGAGCAGAGGGAGGAUGGCUGAUUGGUGAAGAGGCUGAGGGGGGGAAAGUAGAGGGAGGGCAGGUGGAGGGGGAUGGUGCAGGAGAGGAAAGAGCAGGUAAGACGAGUGACGCUGGUGCGGGGGAAGGCAAUGUUGUGAAGGAGGGUGUUGCUGUGAGUGAAGGUGAUGCUGGGAUGAACGUGGAUGGGGGAGGGGAUGCGGGUAAGGAAGGGAAGGAUGAGCCAGCUGUGGUAGGAGCAAAGGAAGAGGGCGCAGAGGGAGGAGAGGGCGGGAAGGGCGAGGAGGGAGAGGAGGGUGAGAAAGGGAGGGAGGGAGGGGAGGAAGAGAAGGGUGCAGAAGAAGGAAAGGAAGAGCAAGAGGGAAAGGCGGGCUGUGAAGGGAAGGAGGUUGUUGAUGGUAUGGAGGUAGACAGUGCGGUAACUGGUGGUACAAAUGCUGCCGCUCCUGAUGUGGAUGUUGCGAGCAAGGAGGCAGAUGCAGCAGGAGAGGGUAUUGAUACGAAGCAAGGUGGUGAGACUGAGAUUGAAAAAGAGGCUGAGGAAGAGGCGGGAAACGAGACCGGGGCGGCUGAGACUGGGAUUGAGGGGGUUGUGCCUAUAACCGAGGCGGCUGAAGGGGCGUCUGCUGAAGUGAGCAAGGAGGAGCAAGGUGGAGAUGACAAGGUGAAAGACGAUACAAAAGAGGGAGUGGCGGUGGGGGCAGAUGCAGGGAAGGAAGAUGAGGAUGGUGCGGCUGAUAAGGGUGGGGCUGGGGGUGAGGAGGGCUCGAAGGGAGGGGAUGGUGCUGCUGCAGGGGAGGCAGCUGGUGGGGAGGAGGGCGAAGGGGGAGGAGCAGAGGGUGCCAGUACGGAAGGUGACAGUAAGGGAGGUGAGGGUGCUGCAGGGGAUGCCAUGGCAGUGGAUGGUGCAGCAGCAGGGAGUGAGGCAACAGAAGCAAAGCCCUGA